CAUGGUUGGGCCUGGCGAGGUUGAUGAUGAUCUACAGCCAGAAACAGCUGAAGAAUGCGCUAAAUAUGGAGAAGUAGGCAGGGUCGUAAUCUAUGAGGAACCAGGUGCUCCUGAUGAUUGUGCUGUUCGGAUUUUUGUCGAGUUUCAGAGAGUGGAAUCUGCCAUCAAAGCUGUGGUGGACUUAAAUGGGCGUUGGUUUGGAGGGAGGGAGGUCAGAGCAAGCUUUUAUGAAGUCAGCAAAUUCCAACGCUACGAGUUAGAUGCCAAAGAUUGAUAGGAAUGAACAGUCAGACAUAGAUGCGAUGCUGAGGGGAACCAUCAUUCCCCAAGCGGUGAUCAUUAAUACUUCCAUUGGGUGAUACGGUUCCCAAUUAGGGUACCAGUAUAUCCUGAUGGGGGUCAUUUAGCUGUUUGUUCCUGUUUAAAUCUUCAUUGGGAGAAGUGGCUACCGAUCAGGGUAAAAGAAUACCCUGUAUGUGAGACUGGAUGGCGUGAUUUGAACACUAGAGGGCGCAAAAAAAAAUUUCUCCUGAAUUUUUCCUUGAUAUUAUACAGCUCCUUGCCACCUGACAAUUGUGUUCAAUUGUGUUACAAAUGUACACGUCUUCAAAUGAAAAAUUACUUACUGAAAAAUAUUGGUGAAAAUGUGUGUCAAACCUACGAAAAAUGGCUCGCCGAAGUUCUGUCAAUGGAUGUUCAACGAGAGACAGUUUAUCGUAGGAGAUACUGUCUUGGGGGACGUUGUACCCUAGACAAAUCAGGUAAAGUUGUCUACGGGGACAGAUUCA